AUGAGUCUCUUCAAGAGUCUAGUAGCCAGAUCCGGUUCCGGCAUCCGUGCUGCCCAAAUAGCCAGACAAAAUGGCCCGGUCAUAUCCCAGAUAUCUAUAAUACUGUCCCAGCCAUUCUCCACAAGUCCCGUAUCCUAUAAGACAAACACAUCCACAAGAACCAAAGAGAACGUGCAUGACUUGGAAACGUUUUUCCGCUUGAUUGGUCGCAAUACUGUUGAACAUUUGGACUUGUUUGAAGGCGAUUUGGCCAAGUUCUUGAGCACUAGCUCGCAACAAAUGAAGUUCAUGGGCAUAGAUGUAUCCACCAGAAGGUACAUGUUGAGAUGGAAACAUAAGUUUGAAAACGAUUUGGAACCCUUGAGAGAACACAAAAAGGGCAAGAAGAAGAAUGGAGGAGAAAGAAACGCUAAGACUGUUUUAGCCAAGAAGAACGCCUUGAAGAAGUUGGAAGAAAAGGAAAAGUUUGCUGCCGAAGAGUUGGACGCCGAAAACAGAGGUGAAAGAUUGUUCUAG